AUGUCUUGCGCUUUUGCCCUAAGAUUUUGCUCGUGAAACCUUCAGAGAGGAGGUGCGAGCUUAGGUCACACACACUCCGGAUCUUCGCUUACAUCAGUGCUGUACAACGUCGCUUCCCCAACGGAACACCCGUUUCGGUCCCUGGAGGGCACUUCAUUCAUUGACCUGGUGAGUAGAUACCCGAACUGGACAUCCGAACUCGCCACUUGUGUUGUGACGGCAGAGAUCUCUUCAUGCGGCGCGUGGUGUGUGACUUGGUUGUGAUGCGCGUACAGAUCCUUUCGGGUCAAGGAUCUGUCGACGUACAAUGCCGCACUCGCGCUGACAGCGAUGUCUGUGAAGAAGCGCUUCCUUCUUUGCUGGGAUCCUGAGGGGAAACAACCGGUGAGGAGAAGAGCUGACAGCUCUCCUGUCGAGUUCAAGCUCACUAUCGAGGAGCACGACGACUACGACGACGUCCUGGUCAAGGCCUUGGAGUGCGUGCGCCUGCCUGCCGGCAGUGGGGAGCCGUGGAGGCACCUGAGCAGCCCACUCCAGGUCAACCUACCGCAGUGGGGUGACGCCAACAAGAACGCGCCGUUUCUCGAGGUGUUCGACGGAAGAGGGGACAGCAGCAAGGACGCCAUCGCAGUCAUCAUCCCUCCCCUCCCUGCAUCCGCCACGCCGCCACCGACGCUCCCCCGAGGUGGGAAGGAGGAGAACACGCCAAGGAGGGGUAGGGUGGGUCAACUUUUGUGCAUCGGUACUGCAGGUGAGAAGAUGGGCGAGGCCAAGGGGUCAGUGGCUGGGCUUCUGGACGAGGGACUGGACUGGUACAAGACGCACCGCAAAGAGGUCGGGAAACUGCUUCGCUCUCGCACGGCAAGCUGGGAGGGCCCAACUCUGCACAGGUAGGUAAUGAGGCAGACUCAGCGUGUCUAUGCGGCCAAACAAUGUGGUUUGUCGUUGUGUGGGUUUCAGUGGGUUGGCGGCGUGCUUUCGGCGUUUGCCGCUGCCGAUCCUGCAGACUCCCAGUGGCAGGCAGCAGCCCUCUUCGGCGCAUCCGUCAUCAAUAUCACCGUCACACUCGUCGCAUGACGAGACUAUCUGUGGGGCUCCAAGCGGCUCCUCUACUCAUGGGAUUGGGACUCGCAGGAGAAGACGCCUAGCAAGCCAAAGCGAGCUGAGAAGCCAGAGCACGGACAAACAGGAGCAGAGGGAGGGGGAGAGAGAUGAGCGGAUGCCGCUUCUCCACUCCCACCCCCACUGAUGCCAGCCGCAACACAACAGCAGCCCUCCAACGUCGCGUCGACCAAUGAAGAUGCUCCACUGGGUAAGUCAGUCGAUGUGGGUCAAUACAUCUACAUGCGGUGCUUGCAUGAUUGUCCGCUCUUCAGGGACGCCUCUGCACGCUGCAAGACUGAGUCGAUAGAGGGGCCAGAGGGCGGCGGUGGUUGGUUUGGUUGGUUGGGUGGGUGGGCGUGUGGGUGCGUUGUGCGGCAAGGAGACAAUCGCCCGGAGUGCGGUGUGGCGUCAAGUCACAUGGCGUGUCAGAGAAGGUGAGUGAUAGAGAGUUGACCUGAUGUAUGGACAUCGGUGUGUGUGUACCGUCUGGUCUCUCCGCUGUGUGUCUAGUGGCCCCUGCAUGUGUGUACCUGUAUGCUCCACUCAGUCAAUAGACCCAUUCCC